AAACUGAAAAUAAUGAUGAACGGACUUCCUGUGAUGAAAUUGAAACCCUAAGAUCUGAAGAUUAUUCUGAAACUAGUGGACAUGUCUCAGACUUUAUACAAACUCUAUAUGAAGAAUUCAUCGUAGCUGAAAGUCCUCAUAGCCAAUAUGGUCAUCCAAAAGAGUCAACUUUCAAGCAUGGCAAAGAGAUCAAAGCUAAAUUCCCAGAAGAUAUGUCCCAUAUCUCACAAAUCGCUCAAGGUUCUACAAUUCAAAACGAGGUUGAAAGUCCUCGUGGGCAACACGCUCAACUGGAUGAAACGUUCAUACCUGGCAAAGAGAUAACAGUUAAAUUUCCAGACGAAAUGCCUUACAUGUCACUACUCCCUGAAGGUUCUACAAUUCAAAACUAUGAUGAAAUUCUUCAUGAGCAACUCGCUCAUGUAAAGGAGUCAACAUUCAUACCUGGGAAAGAGAUGACACUUAAAUUCCCAGAAGAAGUGUCCCAUAUCUCCCGACUCAUUGAAGGUUUCUACAACUCAAAAGGAUGAUGAAAUUCUUCAUGAGCAACUCGCUCAUGUAAAGGAGUCAACAUUCAUACCUGGGAAAGAGAUGACACUUAAAUUCCCAGAAGAAGUGUCCCAUAUCUCCCGACUCAUUGAAGGUUCUAC